AUGGCAUCUUAUAACCCUUUCGCCCGCCGGGAGUCGCACGACCGAUAUACCUUGGGCUCCUACCGCGUCUUGGUCCCCUUGUCAUGGUUGCUGGUCGUGGUCGCGGGACUCUACUACACCGUCAAUGCCCCCCAUGAUCCAAAGCACGAUCGUUACGGGGAUCUUCUGGUAACUAUAUCUAGUAUUCUUCUGUUCAUCUUCUCCCAUAUCUGGCACUCCGUCUACCGUCCUGCUCCAGACCCCGCUAACACCACCCAUUCGUUCCCAUCCAGGAUUUUUCUUCUUCUCUCCCAGCUCAGCUACGUGUACCAUCUUUUCCAUCGAGAUGCCGCUAUCGUGACGGCGACCGCAAACGUGGGCACGCAUUUCAUUCUGAACAACUUAUUUGUCUUCGCGUGGAUCCUCUUGUGGACUCGCAACCACUUCUGGGGCUCCGAGAUUAUCCUGAUAGUCCAUUUCAUCAACCAACAUGUGGCCUACUGGCGCCAUCGCAACUUACCUCGCCUCGUGCAUCUGGCUGCCGUGGCGGGCCCCUUUGCCUGGACACUCAUGGCCCUGUUUUGGAACGGCGCGGUUGCCGUGAAGAGCAACUCUCUACCUGCCAGGAUUACUGCGAACGUUUUCAUCUGGGUCAUCUUCGUGAUCGGAGCGAGUCAUAUCGUAACGGCCCAGGAUGACAUGUUGGGCUAUUCUUUGAGCUUUUUGACUCUUGCUCUAGCGUUGAAGCAGAUAGCCGUGAAGACCAUCGCUCUGCAGUGGAUCUUUGCCUUCGUUAUCUUCGCCGUGUUCCUGGUCAGUUCCUUGUACGUCUCUAGCACUCGCAGAACUGGCCGCAACAUUUUAUUCCGCAAGAUUGGACAGACGGAGUUUACUGAUCGGGAGCGGGAGCCUCUGCUCAACGAACCAACCCCAACCGCGUGA